AUGCUUCAAUGGGAAGAAGGAAACAAUGUGUCAAUAAUUUUCGUUGGUGAUAUAAAUUUCGACGGUUGUGUCAAGUACUACGUGAAUCAUGGCUUCAAUACAUACAACGAUACGUUGGCCGAAGUUGCAGAUGUUAUCAGAGAAGCAGAUAUUGCUGUAGGAAAUCUUGAAUCUUCUCUAACUACGAAAUCAAUGACAUCCAAAGGCAUCAUGAAACACAAAAUACUAGUUGAUGCUGAUCCCAGGAGUGUGGAAGCAUUAAAUUUUGCAGGUUUUGAUAUAAUGAGCGUUGCCAAUAAUCAUUUUAACGACUACGGUGUUAAACCCGUUAAUAUGACGAUCGACUCUCUAGCAAAAGUUGGAAUAGAAAGCUUUGGUUUCAAUUUUGGCGACGUCUACACACCUCAGGCCCAUCAUUUUCAAUGUAAAGAACAUCACUAUAGGCUUUCUUGCGUAUUGCUAUCUUAUGCGCACAAAUGGAGAUAUUGUUCACGUUUAAGAAAAAUAUUUAAUCUUAACGCCGGACCGGUGUCUUUUACCGAUGAUAUAGCGACGCGAGAUGUUCAAGGAUUGAAGAAAAAAGUGGAUGUAAUAAUAGCUUACAUGCAUUGGGGAGAAGAAUAUAAAACGGUUAUGGACGAAGAUCAGAAGCGCGUUGCCAAAUAUCUUCAUUCGCUGGGAGUGUCAGCGGUAAUAGGCGCACAUCCCCAUGUCUUACAGAGUCACGUGAAGAGAAAUUAUCAAUUAACCGUGUACAGUUUGGGCAACUUUUUGUUUCCACAACAUGGUACCAGAAUGAAUAUAUUUAGAACUGGUCACUCCCAUCAGCUUACUAAAGAUGCAAUCGAUGAAUUCGAAAGAGAUGCCGCGACAUUAAAAGGACCAACAACCCUUUCGAGAAUUUUAAGAAUGUAUGUUACAAGGAAUGGAGUGAUUGCUGCGGAUUAUCUUCCAGUAGAAAUCAAGUUUGAUCGAGAAAAGAAACUUCUGCAUCCCACUCUCAGCAACGGCAGACGUUGGAUUGAAGUGUGCUCAAUAGACGAUAAUGCAUGUUUACCAUCUGAUAACGUAAAAGAACAUAAAGAUACUUGAUUUUGGAACAUAGAUCAGACGCAGUUUUCAUUGGAUAUGUUAUGACAGUGUGAUUUACAUCAAUUUGCAAGCUUUUAAUUGGCUAGAAAACCUCCUGAGAAGGAAGAUUUGCAAGUCUUUAACUAGAGAAUUAGCAAUAUUUUUUGUCAAAUUGUGAAUGGCGAUUCCAACAUACCAAGUCCCUGCAAUAUUUGUUCCAACAUAGAAAAAUUAUGAAGGAAAUGACGUUACUUUUAGCUAAAUCUUCAUUGCAAUUUGCUUAAACAACACCGUAUUCAACACUGGUUUCACAAUGUAGAAACGAGGCUUCUUUACACAACGUAACGUUAAAUAUAUGAAUGCUGAUUAUGAAAAAAAUAUUAUUGCUGGUCUUA